AUGUCGACUUCAAGUCUUUCGAAGACAAAUAGCGUCGAGCACAAAGAAGAGAGUGAACCAACUUCAGAGGUUCAUUCCUAUUUAGGAUUGAAGGGUAACAGGUUAAACUUCUGUGUUUCCUGUAUUGCUGGUCUUGGGUUUUUACUUUUCGGAUAUGACCAAGGCGUCAUGGGUUCCUUAUUGACAUUGAAAUCAUUUCGUAAAACGUUCCCUGCCAUCGAUGUUCAAGGAGAUGGUGAUUCAACACUUCAAGGGGCGGCCAUUGCUCUAUACGAAAUUGGUUGUAUGUUUUCUGCAUUAUCAACCAUUUAUCUAGGAGAUAAAUUAGGUCGUUUGAAGACAAUUUUUCUUGGUGCAGUUAUUAUGAUGGUGGGUGGGGCAUUGCAAGCUUGUUCGUACACUUUAGCACAUUUGAUUGUUGCAAGAAUUGUUACUGGAGUAGGUAAUGGUUUCAUUACGGCCACGGUUCCGGUUUGGCAAGCAGAGGUUGCUAAACCUGAAAUGAGAGGUAAAUUAAUUAUGAUGGAGGGGUCUCUUAUUGCUUUAGGUAUUACUAUCAGUUACUGGGUAGAUUUUGCGUUUUAUUUCCUUGACGGCUGGGAAACGGAAAAUCAAGUUAGUUGGAGGUUUCCCGUAGCGUUUCAGUGUAUUUUCCCGAUAAUAAUUUUACCAUUAAUUUUAAAGUUUCCUGAAUCUCCAAGAUGGUUAUUGAAAAGAAAAAGAAAGCAAGAGGCUAUAGUAGUUUUUUCAGCAUUGUAUGACUUACCAGAAAACGAUCCUUUAGUAACUGAUCAAAUCACUGAAAUUCAACAAGCUAUUGAUCUUGAAAUAAAACAGGGUGCUGAAAAUUUUAAUUUAAGAGACUUAGUGAAACAAGGAGAAGCUAGAAAUUUUCAUAGAACCUGUCUUGCGGCUUGCUCACAGAUGAUGCAACAGAUCACAGGUAUCAAUCUUAUUACGUAUUACGCCGGGACAAUUUUUGAAACCUAUAUUCGAAUGGGCCCAUUAGAAUCAAGAAUCUUGGCUGCUUGCAAUGGUACUGAAUAUUUUUUGGCAUCAUUAUUAGCGUUCUAUACUAUUGAAAGGUUCGGUAGAAGGAAUUUGAUGAUUUAUGGUGCUUUAGGUCAAGCAUUCUGUAUGGCAAUUUUGACGGGGACAAAUUGGAAGGCCGAUGCUGCCAAAGAUACACAACCAGGUACAUCUGCUGGUAUUGCCGCGGCAUUUUUCCUCUUUAUGUUUAACACUUGUUUUGGUAUGUCAUAUUUGGGGGUAACAUGGCUUCUUCCACCAGAAUUAUUGCCAUUACAAAUCAGAGCACCUGGUGCUGCUAUAUCUACUGCUACUAAUUGGGCGUUUAAUUUUAUGGUCGUUAUGAUUACCCCAGUUGCUUUUGACACUAUUGGACCUUACACUUACACUAUUUUUGCUGCCAUCAAUUUGUUGAUGGUGCCAGUGGUUUACUUCUUAUAUCCUGAAACUGCAGGUAGAAGUUUGGAAGAAAUGGAUAUCAUUUUCAGUCAAACUCCUGUUAUGCAACCAUGGAAAGUUGUUCAAGUAGCAAAGGACUUACCAUUUAUGCACGCUGGUGUCCGUGAUCCUGAGAAAGGUCCAACUACUAGUCAUUUUGAAAAUCCUUCUAUUACUUCCAGUAUUAGGCAAAAUGGAGAAAAAUCAGAAGUUUUGUAG